UCGUAGAAACGACGUACAAUUACCUCCGGCGGCGGGCUAGCAUCAGUAAUUCUCCUUGGACCUUCAACCAAACCACAGACAAGACAGAAGAUAAGCAAUGGGAAAGCCCAUGUUCCCCAGCGCGUCGCCUGAUUCCGACGCUCUGUCCCUGCACACACAACAACCUGGAGACCAGUAUUGUGAUGCGGGUGGACCGAGCCUGUUCGACACCACACAUGGCCACCACGACCUGCCUCCCAUAUACGAAGAGGUGGCCGAGGCAGGCGCAAGCACCGACCAGAACGCCCAUCUGCUCUCUGAUGCCACCCUGCCUGGUUAUUCUUCGUCUUCGGACCUGCAGCCCUUCUCCCGCGAUGCACAAGCUGCCCACUAUCUGUCGGCCGACCUAGAUUCUGACCCAGACCUGCUCGAGACGUGUGUCCGUAGCUGGGCAGCCGUCCCUCCGCGUCCAUUUGUACGCAUAUAUGGGUACCACCGUGAGCAGCGCAGCGGCCGCGACGGGAAGAGGGAGAACAAGAACAUUACAGACUUCGACGUUAAGGUUGAGCUCACGCCUUACCUCUUCGCCGACGCGAGCAAUAGGCAUGCCUGGUCCGAGCUCCGUACUGUCGAGAAUGGCGACAAGGUCAAACGCGGCACCGUCUUCGCGCGCCGUGCGCCAAAGGCCAUGGCCAACAUCGAACUGGGCGCCCUCAACAAGCCAAACUUGACGCAAUGGUGUCACCUGUACGUCGCUUCGCAUUCCGGAUUGAAGUCCUUCUCGCUGAGGCGAAGAACGAUGGGCUUCGACCAGGCUCGACUGAGGGAACAGCUGGAGACCCUCAUAAGGCGGAUGAAUUACAAAGGACACCUUGAGGUGUCCUUCCCAGUACAGGACCACAACGUCCAGGUCUGGAACAAAUGCCGGAUAAACCAGUGGAGACUGAACAAGUGGGUUUUCUUCUUGUUCUGCGUGAGUAUGCUGUGGUUGCUCUCCUGGCCCUACCUAUUCUUGCGGACAAAGACAUUCGACACCGUCACCGCAUAUUGGCAUUUCUCAAGGGUAGAUUCCGAAGGGCGCAAGAGGUAUGUUUCGCUCUCUGAAGACCAAUGGUAUAACGUGUGGGCAAGACCCAUCGCAAAAGCGGUUUUAUCAAAGAGGCAAGGUGUCCUGGAUCAGCAGGAUUUGGUCGCAGCCGAUGAUGCGAACCCGACCUUCAACACUGGUCAUGCGACAGUUGACGGCGCACUAGACUUCUUCAGGGCCGGGGCCAAUGCAAUGAACGAGGUCAACCGGCAUCUUGGAUGGGGUGAGGACCAAUUCUAAUACAGUUUUACUAGUAAGAAUUUAUUAAAUUAUAUAAAA